ACACAGCAAAGCUCAUUUGUCUUGGUAGAUUUUCUUUGAUAACGCGAUCACUACGCGGGUCGUAUCGCGCGAGUUUCGGCAUACGUCAAACAGUUGCUCUUCAGUAAUCCUCAACGUAGGAAGAUACUCUCCGAAAUUGUUUUUUUUUAGUAUUUCUACACAAUUUGAACAUUUUUUCACAAUGCUGCGAUUAAUCGGAAGCGAGACCCUCAAUGUGGCGAGACGUUCCUACGCGAGCUCUGCAGUGCCAACGACAAAAAUGUUUGUUGACGGGAAGUUCGUAGAGUCAAAGACUAAGGAUUGGAUUGAUUUACAUGAUCCGGCUACAAAUGAAGUCGUGACACGUGUGCCGAAGUGCACACAAGCAGAAAUGCAACAUGCUGUGGAAUCAGCGAAAAAUGCAUUCAAGACGUGGAGUCAGACAUCAAUUCUCACGCGUCAGCAGAUCAUGUUCCGGUUACAGCAUCUCAUUAAGAGCAACAUGUCAGAAUUGGCGAAGAAUAUCACAAAGGAACAGGGGAAGACACUUGUCGAUGCCGAGGGGGAUGUUCUCCGUGGAUUGCAGGUCGUUGAGCAUUGCUGUAGCAUCCCAUCCCUUCAACUUGGUGAAACACUGCCCAAUGUAGCCAAGGAUAUGGACACAUACUCCUACACCCUCCCUCUUGGUGUCACUGCCGGAAUUACUCCAUUCAACUUCCCAGCCAUGAUCCCCCUGUGGAUGUUUCCAGUGGCAAUAACGUGCGGCAAUACGAGUAUCAUUAAGCCUUCCGAACGGGAUCCUGGAGCAACCAUGAUGCUCAUGGAGAUGCUCAAUGAAGCUGGAUGCCCACCAGGUGUUGUCAAUGUCAUCCAUGGUGCUCACGAUACGGUUAAUUUCAUCUGUGACCAUCCCGACAUCAAGGCUGUUUCCUUUGUUGGCUCUGAUCAGGCUGGAAAAUACAUCUAUGAACGUGCUGGACGCAAUGGGAAGCGUGUCCAAUCGAAUAUGGGCGCUAAGAAUCACGGAGUAAUCAUGGCAGAUGCCAACAAGGAGAAUACACUCAAUCAACUAGCAGGAGCUGCCUUUGGAGCUGCUGGACAGAGGUGCAUGGCCCUCUCGACGGCAAUCUUUGUUGGGGAAGCAAAGAACUGGAUCCCUGACCUCGUUGAGAGAGCCAAGAAGCUCAAAGUGAAUGCUGGCCAUGUUCCCGGAACUGAUGUUGGCCCCGUAAUUUCACCACAGUCAAAGGAACGCAUCCACUCACUCAUUCAGUCGGGCAUUGACGAGGGAGCUAAAUGUUCUCUCGAUGGACGUGGAAUUAAAGUACCUAACUAUGAAAAGGGCAACUUUGUCGGACCAACCAUCCUUACGGACGUUCAGGCGCAUAUGAAGUGCUACAAAGAGGAAAUAUUUGGGCCUGUCCUUGUCUGCCUCAACGCAAAUACCAUCGACGAAGCCAUUGAGAUCAUCAAUAAAAAUCCAUACGGCAACGGUACGGCAAUCUUCACGACGAAUGGAGCAACAGCACGAAAGUUUGUCAAUCAAAUUGAUGUUGGACAAGUGGGAGUCAAUGUACCCAUUCCCGUUCCCCUGCCAAUGUUCUCCUUCACCGGCACACGAGGCAGUUUCCUGGGUGAUCAGCACUUCUACGGCAAACAGGGAGUCAAAUUCUAUACGCAGACCAAAACCGUCACACAGCUAUGGCGUGAAACUGAUGUCUCCCACACACAGGCUGCUGUUGCAAUGCCCACGAUGAAUUAAAAAUUUUCGUGUGAAUCAAUAAAUGCAAAUUCCAAAUGAUUUCUUGGAAUUAUUUGCUUUAUUGAGAGAGAGAGAAAAGAGGUGCAUUUUCGAAAUUGUUGCAUUUAACUAAAAUUACAUGUAAAUAUUAUAUCAUAAAUUUGAAUGAUAUUAAAAGGACCUUUAUUACUGCGGUGACGAGAACUGGCA